GGAUCCGGCUCCAUCCUGACAAGGCCCUACACGGCCUUGUGUGAGCUGGAUGCGGUGUGGGGCUUGGUGGUGGUGGUGGCGGCAGCGGCGGCGGCCCUCGCCUCGCUGAUCCUGCUCCUGGUGGUACUGUGUCGCCUGCGGAAGAUCACAGAGGCUGAGGAGCGCAGCGGGGUGGCGCCGCUACUCCUGCUGCUCGCAGCCAUAUUUGGGCUCUGUGGCCUCAGCCUGGGAUACAUCGCUGAGCACCAAGAGAGCCUCUGCUUCGCCCGGCGUGUCCUGAGGGGGGUGUUGCUUGCUAUCUGCAACACCUGCCUAGUGUUCCAGGGUCUGCGACUGCGCCGGUUGGGACAAGGUGCUCAUAGCCCCAGCACAGGUCAACUGAUGGGGCUGGCGGUGGCCUUGGCCGUGUUGGAUCCGGAGUGGAUCCUUCUAGCCACGAUGUCCACGUGCCAGCCAGCCUGUGAAUACCAGCCGCUGGACUUUGCGCUGGCCACCACGUAUGUGCUGGUCCUGCUCCUGGCAGCACUGGUGGGGGCGGCCUGCAGUCUGUGGAGGCAGCAGCCACGGUGGAGGUGCAGGACCAUGUGGCUGCUCAUCACCUGCCUGGCCUCAGUCCUGCUGUGGGUGGCCUGGAUCACCUUCUGCCUGUAUGGCAACGCGGCGCUUGGCCUGCCCCCAACAUGGGACAACCGGGUACAGGCAGUGGUGCUGCUGGCACAGGCAUGGCUGCUCAUACUGCUGCACGCUGCUCCUGAGGUCCACGCCACCUUACGGCCCCCGUCCCGCAUGAGAGAGGCCAGUUUAGAGGAGGGCCUUUCUCACCUGUAGUUUGGAGCAAACCGGGACUUCGUGUUCAGUGACAACAACUCAGGUAUGGUACUUUGUUUUCGCUUC